GGCCAACCUCCAAACAUGUAAUGAUGAAUUAUACUCCAUAACCUAGGAUUCUAUGUGAAGGUUGAAAAUUGACCGGGAAGAAUAAUAGGACUACGCCAUUUAACUGAAACAUCCCACUUUCCGACAAUCGCAAGCGGAAAGUAGGAGACAAAGAGAGAAACAAACAAAAUCUUCACCAGAUAGCCAACAACCAUACAAAUUAAAACCAUGGCUGUGCUUCAAAUUCAAUGAAUUCCGAUCUCAUGCAUUUACUGCCUCAAUUCCAAUGGAAUUGCCCGGCCGACGAUCCAAUUACACUUUGCUGAGCCAAAUUCCCGACGACCCGCCCUACCGCCCCAAAUACUCCGCCGCCGCCGCCGCCGCGCCGCCGCAGCCCUACUAUUACGAAUCGCACUCCGGAGACAAGAACAAGCUCGGAGGAGCCACCGCCUACGACCGGGACGCGAUCGAUCAGCUGAAGGUUUCGCAGCAGCAGAGCCGGAUCGGACCGACGUCGUUUGCCGGCUCUUUCGGGUUGCAGAGGCAAUCGAGUGGGAGCAGCUUCGGUGAGAGCUCUGUAUCGGGGGACUAUUACCCGCCCUCUCUCUCCAAUCCGGAUGGGGUUUUUAAUCAUUUCAGCGACGGCGGCAGAGACCUCAGGGCUAAGGCGGAAGAAGCGUCGGCUAGGGGUGCCGGGAGCUCGUCGUCGCGUAAGAGCUGGGCGCUGCAGACGGAGGAGAGCUACCAAUUGCAGCUGGCCUUGGCUCUCCGACUCUCCUCAGAAGCUACCUGUGCUGAUGACCCUAAUUUGUUGGAUCCGGCGCCGGAUGAAUCUGCUUGCCGCCCUUCUUCUUCAGCUGAGGCCAUUUCUCAUCGAUUCUGGGUAAAUGGCUGUUUAUCAUACUCCGACAAAAUACCUGAUGGGUUUUACUCCAUUCACGGGAUGGUACCGUAUGUCUGGGCUGUAUGCUCUGAUCUUCAGGAAAUUGGCCGAAUUCCAUCUCUUGAAUCAAUGAAGGCCGUUGAUCCUGCCACUAUGUCUUCUGUCGAAGUAAUUGUAGUUGAUAGACAUGGUGAUCCUAGCUUGAGAGAGUUGCAAAAUCAGGUUCAUACUGUAUCAUCUAGUAGCAUUACAACUAAGGAAGUUGUUGGCCAGCUUGCAAAGAUAGUUUGCAAUCGUAUGGGGCAUGCAGCUUCUAAUGGGGAAGACGACUUAAAUCAGAUAUGGAAACAGCAUAGUGAUAACUUGAAAGAUUGUUUAGGGUCUGUUGUUCUACCUAUUGGCAGUGUGUCUGUCGGCCUCUGCAAGCACAGAUCCUUGUUAUUCAAAGUUUUAGCCGACGUUAUUGGAUUACCUUGUCGGAUUGCGAAAGGAUGUAAAUUUUGUAAUCGAGAAGAUGGUUCCUCAUGUCUGGUUCGAUUUGAGCUAGACAGGGAAUAUCUUAUUGAUCUGAUUGAGAAACCAGGAUGCUUAUGUGAACCUGAUUCUAUGUCAAAUGGUCCAUCUACAAUCUCCAUUUCUUCUCCAUUGCGUUAUCCGCGAUCCAAGAAGGUGGAGCCUACAAUUGACUUCAGGCUUCUGGCGAAACAGUACUUCUUGGAAUAUCAAUCGCUUAACCAAAUAUUUGAUGAAUCAUUAGCAGCUGGACCUGUUACUGAUGCAGGUGCUGGUGAUUCCAUAUACCCUAGACAAUCAGAGAAGAUUAAUGAUGACAGUACAGGCACUCCUCCAAGCUCAAGUAAGGAGGAGGAAGUUUCUUAUAAAGUAAAAGGCUCAACACCUUUAAAGCCUCCCCCUCCAGUCCGGCAUAAAGUUGUGCCAGGUCCCAGAGGAAAUGGAGGAAAUAUGUUAUUUCAAACUAAAUCAAGUGCUGAACUAGCCUUUGAUAUUGAAGAGCUGAAGAUUCACUGGGAUGAUCUAGUUAUAAAGGAGAGGAUCGGGGCAGGUUCUUUUGGUACAGUUCAUCGUGCUGAAUGGAAUGAUUCGGAUGUAGCCGUCAAGAUUCUUAUGGAACAAGAUUUUCAUGCAGAAAGGUUCAAGGAAUUUUUACGAGAGGUGGCAAUCAUGAAAAGAUUGCGCCAUCCAAAUAUAGUGCUCCUUAUGGGAGCUGUGACAGAGCCACCAAACUUGUCAAUAGUAACAGAAUAUUUAUCCAGAGGUAGCCUGUAUAGGCUAUUGCAUAAACAUGGUGCAAGAGAGGUGUUGGAUGAGAGACGUCAGUUGAGUAUGGCCUAUGAUGUGGCAAAGGGGAUGAAUUAUCUUCACAAACACAACCCUCCAAUUGUUCAUAGAGACUUGAAAUCUCCUAAUCUUUUAGUUGAUAUAAAGUAUACUGUUAAGGUAUGUGAUUUUGGUCUUUCCCGUUUCAAAGCAAACACAUUUCUUUCUUCCAAGUCAGCUGCUGGAACUCCUGAGUGGAUGGCACCUGAAGUCCUCCGCGAUGAACCAUCAAAUGAAAAAUCAGAUAUAUACAGUUUUGGUGUGAUUCUGUGGGAGCUGGCAACCUUGCAGCAACCAUGGGGCAACUUGAAUCCUGCACAGGUUGUUGCAGCAGUUGGUUUUAAGGGAAAGAGGCUCGAAAUUCCUGAGAAUAUGAAUCCUCAAGUUGCAGACGUAAUUGUAGCCUGCUGGGCCAACGAGCCCUGGAAACGACCAUCAUUUUCCAGUAUAAUGGAAUCUUUGGCACCACUAAUUAAGUCUCCAUCAAGAAUCAAACCAGCUGGCCGUGCUGAACUACAACUAAUUUGAAGAUUUUGGACAUCAGUAAAAGCUCACAAAUUUUCUGCAUGGAUUCUUCUGAUCAGUUUCUAGCAUGAAGGCUGCUGCUUGGAUCGCAAGGUGUUCUUGUGUACAUAAAAGCUAGUAGUUGAAAUUAUUGAUGAACUGGCAUUUUUGCAAAGGUUGAAGAAGGUGUGAUCAUUCUUAAGGUAUUCUGAGAAUUUGCAAUUCCUUUUACUAGACAUUCAAAAGAGACUGCUUAGCUCUAUGCACUCCCAAUUGAAGCCAGAAACAGAAGCGUGCAUAUAAUUAUUUAGCGAUAUUGUUUUAUAGAGCAUGUUUAAAAAAAACUGCUCUACAGAAAAACCCUAAUUCAUAUACAAUUCUCAAUUUUGUGUCCAGCUUUUCAAUAUAGUAUAUGUUAAAUUAGGGCAUCACCUGGAAAUUACAACGUGGAUGUUAAUGCAAUAAUAAUGUGUAUAUAUGUUACUACUACAUUGGUUUGUUUGUUUUGUAAUUUUUUUACUAAAAACUGAAAAAGUAUAAAGAACGACUGACAACUCAAAUAAAUUUUGAUUUGAGAGUGGAAAUACCAUAUCAAUUUUGUUGAA